AUGGCGUCGAUGGAGAUUUAUCAGAGAAUCGUCAGAGAAACCAAACGGAGAAGAAAAGGAAGAAGAGAGUGGAAGAUUGAGAUCCCCAAUGAUGUCAUGGAAGAAAUCGUGAUGAAGCUUCCGGUGAGAUCGAUUAUGAGGUUCCAAGCGGUUUCAAAGCAUUGGGAAUCGGUGAUUAAGACAAGAGAUUUUGGGGCAAGACACAUGGCUCAUCAGAGAAACAAAGAUCCUAAACUCAUGUUUGUUUCUUAUGGUUUUGAUCAUAUCCGUUUUGAGCAAAGGGACUUGGAGACGACUUCUCUUGAAGAGAGACUCUGUUUUGAAAUUGAAGAGAUUAAUGGUCCUAUCGAGAUCUCCGAAUGCUGCGAUGGCCUUGUCUGCUUCUACUGCUUGACUCAAGCAGUGAGAGUGAUAAAUACGGCCACAGAAACGUUGUUGCCACCACUCCCCUUAGCAAAUUUUCAGCGUGUGAAGAGGCUGCGUGAUGUGUUGUCGUUGGCUGUUGAGAAUUGA